CUCCUCUGGGUACUUGACGCUGGGUGGCUUCCCUGGUGGAGCCUCAGUUUUUACAACAAUAUUAUAAGAAGCCUACCCGAUGCUGCUCUCCAACACAGACAGGGGGACAAACCGUCGGUAGGAUAGCUUUCGUAUUUUUCUCCAGUGCACGAUGGUUGUCGGUUACAGUUAGGGCUUCGUUUGUGGAUUUUGGAGAGAUUAUCUAUAAUGUUGGCGAGCGAUUUCCUUCUACCCUGUGCACUGCAGUGGUGCGCAGCUUCGCCUGGAGAGACACCUGUGCGCCUCUCCUUUCCCCUGGCCACAGCCAGGAAUGUUGAGUAGGCAGCACACGACUACACAGACCACAGCUCGCCCCCUCCCUCCCCCUGAGGAUCCAUUUAUACAGGUCCUGCUGAGCAGCCUAUGAAUGCCAAUUAUAAAUGUGGAGAACUGAUAACCCUAAGGCACCGUGUCUAUCUGCAUUUGUCUGAUAGAACGAGAGAGGGAGCAGCACAAAUACCGCACAGCCAGACAUCAUGCAAGGAGAAACCUUCCCUCAUCGCAGCGUGCUGAAAUGUUAGGACUGAAGAGCAGUUGUGUCAGAUCAGAUCAACAGACUGGUUAUAAUAGGGGGGGCAAUAAGAGCUGCUUGACAUUAGACCUACUAACACCCUUUGUGUGAUUUAAGUGCCCUUUCAGUCACCAUCAAGAAAGGCGCGUUAACUGAUCUUUCAUCAGUAUUUUUUUUUCUGGUCAGAUUCAGCGAUCCAGAAACGAGACGAGAUGGAGUGGUCACUAGAGAGUGUGAGGGAGAUGGUGGCCGGAGGGAUGCAGUCUAUAAGGGAGUGUGAGAUCUGUGCUUUUGCCAUAGGCAUGUGUGUGCUGCUGUUAUUUUUGUGGUAUUGUUAUAGGGUGGGCCGGGAGCAUGGCUCCAGCCCCCUGCGUGGGAGGUAUCUGGCUGGGUCUGGCCGCAUCGGAGGGGUUGUGGGGGGAUUUAUGAGUUCAGACUGUCGUGGCAGGGGUAAAGGGAAGCAUGGAUCAAUGCUGGAAGAGCAGAAUGGCUUUGCUUUCUGCCAGUCAUCAGAGUGCUUCCGCUGUACCAGUGCUGGAGAGAGUCUGAACCAGAGGCUCUAUCACAGCCUGCAGGAUUAUGCCAAGCGCUACACCUGGUCAGGUAUGGGCAGGGUGCAUAAAGGAGUCCGUGAUCAAGGACGAUACCUUAAUAGUCGACCAACCAUCCAGCGGCCAGAGGUCUUCUUUCUCCCCGACCUGCCGUCAGCCCCUUUUUUUUCCAGAGAAGUACAGAGACAUGAUGUGGAGCUGCUGGAGCAGAGCUUUCCCGCACUCCUGGCCGAGUUUGAGAGCAUCUACCACCAACCUCCAGCUCGCAGUGGCUCCUCCCUCCCUCCAGGGUGGAAAGCUAACAGCACCCCUCGUGGGCAGUGGUGGACCUAUUACCUGGUCAACCAAGGCACCCCUCUGGUUCUUAAUGUCAGGAGAUGUCCAAAAGCCUGGAGGGUGUUGGGUCAGCUGCGCACCUUCAUCGCCAACAAUGUGUUUGGAAAUGCCUGCUUCUCUGUGCUGACACCCGGAGCUCUGAUCACUGAGCAUUACGGCCCAACUAAUGUGAGGCUGCGCUGCCACCUCGGUCUCAGAGUGCCCCCUUCCUGUGAGCUCGUAGUUGGAGGAGAGCCACAGUGCUGGUCAGAGGGUAGCUGUUUGCUUUUUGACGACUCCUUCCUCCACAGGGCCUUCCACGAGGGCAGCGCAGAGGAUGGCCCCAGGGUGGUCUUCAUGGUGGAUCUCUGGCACCCCAACGUGGCCGCUGCUGAGAGACAAGCCUUGGACUACAUUUUCACCCCAGGCCGUUUAGAGGACAAGGAAGGGAAAUAGGUGUGAGUGAGAAACCAUGACCAAGCAAAAGACAGAUUGUAUUUAGGGGAGUGUCUGUAGGUUUGGGGAGCAACUCUUUUUCUGCCUCCAGACCACCUCUCACAGUCACUGUGUACAUAUUCUCCAGCUCAUACAGUAUCUCUCAUAACUCCACUUAGUUGAUGACCAAACACUGGACCUAUUUUAUCAAUCAUGUUUUUUCCUUUAUACUAAAAGACAGCCACAGUUGAAAGCUUACAUUUUUUAAAAACCUAGUAGAUGCGGGAUUGUUCAUAUAUCCAUCUUAUUAAUGUGCAUUAAUACCAUGGAUCGGAUAUUAUAGCUUAUUUGCAUUAGUUUUUAUUUCGAAUAACCAAAUGUUCAGUGAAUUUGCAUAGAGGUGAACUGAUGUGACUUAACAGUAAAACAUGUUCCCAUUUUUAUUUUCCUCAAACUUUGGGCAAAUUCUGGAUCAAAAUUAUUUCUAAUAAUUUACAGUGUGCACAGCUCAUAUCAGCUUCAUUGUGGUGGCUGCUUGAAACAGUUCAAGGGUUUGCUGGUAGUCUGCAAAGUGCAUUACAGAUAUGACAAAUGACUGUUAGAAAGCCAAACAUUAACAUGUUGCUCUCUGCUCCUUCACAGCAUAUACAGUAUGGAUCCAUAGGCCAACCUGUACAUGAACUAGAGUCUUUGAGUAAGCAUUAAUGGCCUCAAACACUUUCCAGGCAUUACAGGAGGCACAACAUAACAAAGCUUACAAAAAAUUAUAUGUAAAUUUCCGGUUGUAUUACUUUACACUUUAACAUCUAACACACAUUACUAAUUCUUUUACACUUUCUGUAACACCCACAUACAUUUUUGCAAGGGCUAAGAAAUCUGAGCAUUCGGCUUUUUUAUUAUAUCCUGUCACAUGUAAAAUUAAAAUUUUUAUCCAGACACCCAACUUUCAGUAGGUUUACACAUGUUUAAUAUCAGAAACAGCCAGUUUUAAUUGUUCAAUAAAGAUCUGACUGUUUAGUUUUUCAUGAAUGACUGGACACUGUCCUGCUUGCAGAAUGUCGAUAUACCUUCAGUGAUUGUAGCACCCAUUGUGACUUAUAUAAAUUCAGAACAACAGUAAUCCCAAAGCUAGAGCACUGUUUGGCAUUCUGUGCACAAGGUUCUAAUAAACACAUCAACCCAGAGUCAUCAGUUAGUACAGACUGAUUAAUUAAGCAGACAUGGGAUCAUUCUUUAAACCUAAUUAUCAUGGGGAACAGAUUUAUUGAUUUGUGGUUUGAUAACUGAGGUCCAGUGUCGAUCACAAUAUGAAUGUUUACAGCCACAGCUAAUGUCUCUGUCAUGACUCCUGCUGGUGUGGUAGUUCAUUGUGCUCCCCUUUGAAAAUCAACCCAGCUUUCACAAGACGUGGUUAGAUAAGCACAUUUUUAGGUCAAACUGUGUGAGUCAGCCUGUGCUAUAACACUGGAGAUGAAGCGUUUUGGUAAAUUUACUAAACUCUUGUUAUUUGGUUGCAUUUGAUAUCAGGUUUGUAUCUCUGUAAAUAGGGUUGAGCAAAAAAAAUUUAAUGGUCUGGGAUGUUUUGAAAUGAUUGUUGUCAGUGCUCUAACUAUUGUGUUGUCUUGAUUUGCAGCUAAAGUGAUUACAUUUCAUUCUCUGGUCUCCACAAGCAAGACCAUAAAGUCAUUUUGGUAGAUUCAAUUUGUAUUCUGUAAAAUGUUUAGGAAGUAUUAUCUCUGUUGUUCUGUGAUGGUUUUGUUUUUUAUCAUUCUGUAAUUUUGCUGCACCAUAUUGGUAUCCAUGAUUAAAGCCACAAUCCUUCA